AUUAAGAAAAACUUGAACUGCAACAUUUAUUUGUUCACAUCUAACAGUGUAUUUCUAAAGAUAAUUUAUACUAAGCACUACUACUACUACUACUAUCAGCUCUCAGAUGUCCAUUAUUAGAGAUUCACUGCAACCGCAAGCUCACAAUGACCAGUUCUGUGCUGCUCGCAUCCUACAGAUCUUCGAGACCUUCAAAAGGUUUCAGUCAACAUUGUGGAAGGACUACCCAUGCAUGUCUUGCCAAACAAAAGAACUCCCACUGGACAAAUUGGAUCUGUACAUAUUGAACACAAGGUAGAACAUUUUCAGCAGCGUUAUUAUUGGGACUGUGGAGUAUCAUGUAUUAUCAUGCUACUCUCUAAUAAGCAACGAGAAGAUUUCCUGGCACGGUUCAAUGAGAUUUGUGAAGAUGAAGGCUUUGGAGAGUCCACUUGGACUAUUGACCUGUGUUAUUUAUUGAAAAGAUUUCAUAUUAAACAUUGCAUGUACACGAUACUCCUUGGUGUUAAUGAAGAUUACAGGAGACAUGGUUACUACGAUAGGAUUAUGCACUUGGAUACACAACGGGUUUACAGUCGUUUUCGUGACGCCCUCGACUCGGGUGUACAGGCUGUGGAGCGAUCCGUCUCCAUGAAGGAGCUGGUCUCCCACCUCACUGACCGGGGCCCGGCUAUAGUACUUGUGGAUGCGGGUCUGUUGUCUUGUGACUUGUGCAAACACAAUAAGCUGAAAGCAGAAUUCAGACGUUGCUUCGGCAGCAACUACUACCGCGGCCACUACGUGCUGCUCGUGGGCCACACCGCGCGCCGGCUGCUGUACCGCGACCCCGCGCUCUCCCCGCGCCUGUGCGCCACCGCGCCGCGCCGCCUGCAACAAGCCCGCCUCACCAGCGGCACCGACCACGACAUUAUAUUCAUUUAUAACAGUUACAGAUGAGCAAGCAGACCCGCCCACCUCCACCCGCCAUCGGAAUCUUAUAACAGAAAAUGUUAUUCAUCAAAUAAUGACUGAAUUUUGCCAAUGUUAUAUAAAUUGCAAAUGUUAUAGUAAUAACAAAAUUUUUUGUAAAUAUAUUUUAAUUAUUAAUAAAUGUUUAUUUUCUCACCACAACAAAGUACUGGUAUAUGACUAUAUAUAAUGUAAACUAAAAAGAAUCCUAACGACGAAAACAAAUGUCCCCAAGUAGGUAAAUAUUUUCGGAAUAAACAAGAUACUGUCUAUCAAUAGCACAAGCGAGCGAGGUGGCACACACUUACCGCUAUCAUUGUUACAGCUG